AUGUCAAUCAACAUGUUCACUCAGCCCUUACGAUCGCUCUUAGCAUCCUCAUCUCGACUCUUCACCCCUUCUUCCGGACCAUCCAGUUCGAGAGCAGCGUCCUCUUUCGCUCAUCUGGGUGAUCUUCAACCUGCCAAAGGGUCAACUCAUGUGGACAUCCGAUACGGUAGAGGUCCAGGAUCGCAGAGGGGCGGUACAUCCGGUAGAGGUCAUAAAGGUCAAAAGGCAAGGAACGGUAAAGGUGUAAGAUUAGGUUUCGAAGGUGGUCAAACUCCUUUACAUAGGAAGGUACCCAAGAGAGGGUUUAUCAAUUUUACCUCUAAAACCUAUGCUCCCCUUUCAUUGUCAACCCUUCAGAAAUUCAUUUCCGAAGGUCGGAUUGAUCCCAACCAACCAAUCGGAAUAUCCACCAUUGUCCAAUCUAAUGCUGUUCACGGUCUGUCAGGAUUCGCAGGUAUAAAACUCCUUGGUGAACCCGAUCCGGAUUUACCCCUACCGCAAUUAGAGUUGAACCUUUCUAGAUAUUCGAAAUCUUCUGCUCAAUCUGUGAUAGAGGCUGGUGGGAAGGUGACAGCAGUGUAUCAUAAUAAUUUAUCUUUGAGGAAGGAGGUGUUCCCUGAUAAGUUUAUAGGGAGGGAUGUUAAGGAUGCCAGACCGACAAGGAAAAAUGAUAUUUUAUACUACACAAACCCAAAGAAAUACGGUUACUUGGCAGAAUCAGUGUCGACCUCAGCCAGGAAGAUGACUCCUGCUGAAUGGACAGAAGGAACUCUGAAUGCUGAAUCAUUAGUACAAGCACAGAUAUAA